CCCAGCUCGAUGAUGUGCUGUGCUCAUAGUAAUCACCAGGAUCUAACUGCACCACUUGAAACAGUAGCGCAAGAGGAACCAGGAAUAGAAUCGGAAGUAAAAGCAGUGAGAGAGGAUGCAACGCGACGAUCGAGCUCGAAGGGACGGAAAGUUGCUCUUCAUCAAGCACAGUCCCGAGAUAAUGUCUUCUGAAAUAUCAGCCUUCAGUCAUUGAGCAUCUCGUGUCACUUAGCUUCCCUCGUUUAUUGUCUCUUGUGGAACGUCCUAUCCUCUACCCAUAAUGUCGGGUUCGUCACCUCCUGAUAUUAAUUCCUGCGAGGUCCCAGCACUCCAGCCUCCUCCUGGACAGGUAUCGAACUUUGUCAACCCGGUCAACCUGGUGCCGCUUACAUGGUCCAUAAGUCUCGUCUUAACAAUAUUUGCAGUUAGCUUGGUGAUUCUAAGGUUGUUCAUGAAUAUGCGGAAGCUCGAUGCGGCCGAUUACUUUAUGGCCGUGGGGGGCAUGUUUUCCAUCGCCUACACCGGAAUUGUGAUGUCUCUGCAUCGCUACAACCGACACCAGUGGGACGUCCCAGCCUGCUGGGUGAAUGCGCGUUAUCUAAGGCUUAUAUGCGCUGGUGAUACUGUAACCGGAGCCGUCAACUUUUUUCCCAAGUGCUCGAUCCUCCUCAUGUACCGUCGGCUUUUCCCCAAUAAGUCGAUGAGAAUAGGCACUUGGAUCGGUUUCGUGUCCGCGUUUUGCAUCUAUUUUUCGACGAUCCCAGUUUUGGCUGUUUAUGAGGUCCCAAGAUCCGGUCAUACCUGGGAUCAAUUUCUGAAUAACCUCGUGACUUCGGAGGGUCAUGCUAUGUUAUAUUUGAGUAUUGUCCAGGGAUCCUGCUCAGUCGUGCUGGACUUGUAUAUCUUCCUUCUACCACCGCCGACGUUGUUUAAGUUAAAGUUGCCUUUGCGGAAAAGGCUUCAGCUUCUUGCACUAUUCGCUACUGCUCUGCUGGGUGUCAUAGCUAGUGCUAUAUCUUUAGUCUUCCGUUGUGAGCCCCUUCACAGUUCAGAUAGUACCUGGAACGACGCUCAAUUAGCUAUUUGCAUCGUCUUCGAAACCAAUGUCGCCAUCGCAGUGGGCAGCAUGCCCAUUAUUGCAAAGUUCGUGAGAUCCUCCCACAUUGUAGACUCAUUCCGAAGGCUCCGAUCAAAGCUCCUGGGCAGCUCGUGCAAAGAUCGAUCCUAUCCGAUCAGCCCGAGUGUCCCUGGGCCGUUCAAUCCAAAAAACACACGCAGGAAGCCUCUACAGCUAAAUCACUACGACGAGUUCACAGAUACUAUGUUGUUGGUGCGGACGCAGGUGACGGCUGCAGACGAGGAGAAUCCUCCUGUAAGGGAGGCGAUAAACACGAAUAGGGAAGGUAUUAUUCAGACUGUAGACAUUACUCAACAAUCGCAGCUCAGAAAUCAGUCACUCUCUCAGGAACAGCGUCCGUGAUAGGGAUUGGUAAUUCAGAAAAAUGUCUCUUACGUGAUCAUGAAUUGGGACCGGGGUUUUCAGUACCUGUAGGAUAAUAUUACGCGAAUCGAUGCAUUAUACAUGUAAAAAACGAAUAAAACAAUUAAAAAAAAGAUGCGAACAGA